GAAGUCAACAUUCAUUAUCCUGAUGUGAGCAGUGUGAUCAUCUUUUCUCUUGUCUUACCUGAUGAUACUGCAGAUCCAAUGGAAAUAUCUGUGAUACACUUUAUCAUCCUGGGAGUCGUCUCAGGUUUAACCAAAGGAGCUGGUGUGUUGCCAGAUGGUCCUCUGAAUAAGACUGUGGGAGGGACGGUGAUGUUCACCACAACACUGAGUCCAACAGAAAACCCAUUUAUAUCAGUGACCUGGAGCUUUGGUGUUAAAACUAUAAUCACUUCAAAUGUUGCAAACAUAACGGCCCCAGAGUAUGAAGGCAGAAUCACCUACUUCCCAUCUACUGGAUCUCUGGAGCUCAGGAAUCUGGCUCUUAGUGACAGCGGGGAAUACACAGUUGCCAUUAUACCUCCUGGAGAACUACAGAAGAAUGGAAACACAAGACUCAACGUAUAUGAGCCAGUCGACAAUGUAACAGUAACUCCCAGCAGCACAGACUUGGUGGAGUUCAAUAGCUCCGUCAGUCUGUCCUGCUCCUCCUCUGGAUCCUCUCUGUCUUUCCUUUGGCGGAAUGGCAGCUCUGAGAUUACAGCCAGUGACAAAGUUCAUCUCACUAAUGGGGGCGCCACUCUCACUAUAGUCAAUGUGACCCGCUAUGACGAGGGACCAUACGAGUGUUUCGUGUCUAAUCCCGUCAGUAGUGGCACCAGCAGUCAAAUAAAGCUCAACAUCAGCUUCGGCCCAGAAAACAUUAAAUUGACAAUAACUCCACCACAAGAAUGCUAUGGGGAAGGGUCAGACAUCACCCUGUCCUGCUCAGCUGUCUCCAAACCCUCUGCCCUGUUUUACUGGUUUCUAAAUGGAGACAAGCUGUCAGAUAUUGGACCAGAGCUUAGACUGACGAAGAUUCAGAUGAAUCAGAGAGGAAACUACAGCUGUCAGGCCUUUAACGAGAAAACUCUGAAAUAUGAAACAUCUCAGCCUUCAGUUGUGUGUGUACUGGAGAAAGUAUCAGGUGUUUCUAUCACAUCAACCAACCUGCCCAUUGAGGGGAAACCUGUCAACUUAACCUGUGAGGCUGCUGGCUCCGUCCCCACCAGAAAGUGGAUGAAGGAUGGCUCAGAUUUUAACCUGGCUGACAACAUAACACUUCAUGAUGAGAACAGGGUGCUGUCUUUUCACUCUCUAAAGAAAUCAGACAAAGGAAAAUAUUCCUGUAAAGUCAGCAAUCCCGUCAACAGUGAGGAAGCUACAUUCAACAUGGUUGUUAACUAUGGACCAGAAAAUGUUCAAAUCAGAGGUCCAAGUGAGAUACAGCUUAAACAGAGCUUAACAUUAACCUGCUCUGCUGAGUCCAUACCGUCUGCUAGUUACAUCUGGACACUGAAUGGAACAGAGAUACACAAUUCUGCUGUGUUCACUAAAAUCAUCACUGACCUUUCUGAAAGUGGCAGCUACACCUGUCGGGCCACCAACAGUAUAACUGAGAAAACAUCAGUUGCGGUGCAUGAAUUGUUUGUAACAGCUGUCCCAGACAAAACAUCAGGCUGUUCGUCUGGUUGCAUCGCUGGAAUAGUAAUCGCAUGUUUGGUCAUCUGUGGAGCAGCUGCUGGUGGAGGGUACUACGUUUAUAAAAAACAAAAAAACCCCAAAGCUCUACCACAAGAAUCGGAGAAACACAAAAGAGAUCAAGAAAAUGUGUAUGAGAACACUUCAGCUGUAUAUGAGAACGUGUGUGUUUGCUAUGGAGCCGGUGUACUCACUGUUGACUUACUUCGCGGAGCAGCAGGGGAGAGUGUGACCUUCACAACAUCUGUAAAACCAACUGGUGAACCAUUUCUGGCACUGACUUGGAGCUUCAACGGUAUCGCCAAUGUAAUAACCUCAACCAGUGAAGAUGUAGUGGGACAAGGCUAUGAGAACCGGAUCACCCUAGACAAAUCCACUGGAUCUCUGGUGCUUAGAAACCUGACUGAAAAAGACAGCGGAGAAUAUGAACUAAUCAUCAUCCCACAUGGAGCAGUGCAGCUUCAAGGAGCUGCAAAGCUGGAGGUUCAGACCAAAGUGUCAAUACCCACUAUAGCCUGUCCCACAGAAAACUUAAUAGAAGGUAAAACCUCUGUGAACCUAACCUGCGAUGCUGAUGGCUUCGUGUCUACCAGAGUGUGGGUGAAGGACGGCCAACCUCUGGUUCCUGGAGAGAGAUACAGCUUUCACGAUGGCAACAGAGUGUUGUCUAUCAGCCCUGUGAACAGGACAGACACCGGAGAGUUUCUUUGUAAAGUCAGCAAUGAUUUCAGUUCUGCUACAGCCAAAUGCGCACUUAAAGUCUAUUAUGGACCUGACAAACCAAGAAUCGUUCAGACGCCAAUAGGAGCAGAACUCGAAGAGAGUGUCACUCUUUAUUGCUCUGCUGACUCCCUACCAAAGGCAACUUUCUUCUGGACGUUCAAACACAUGAAGAUGUAUGGGGCCAUGCACUACAUCCAUGAGAUGGAAGAGAGGCACCUGGGGAGGUACACCUGCACUGCCCAAAAUGCCAUCACUGGCCUGGAAGCCUCUGUGUUCCACACACUGCGUGGUAUUUGAGCUCUCUUUCAUAUUUAUCUAACUAACAGUACUAACCUGUCAAUACUGUUAUGUGAUUGCAAAUAAUGGAAAAGACAGAGUAAUGUUUUUUUCUUCUGAUCCAGACUCCUCUACUCCCAUCAGUGGUUCUAUGUCCAUGUUGGUUUGCACUGUCCUGACCUCGGUUGGACUCAUAUUGGUCUAAAGACUGUGAUGUUAACAAAGUUGCUCAUUUUGAUCAAUAAUUGUGUUUAUUUUAGAUAAUUUUUCUGUGUUUAUUAUUGUGGUGUCUCUUUCAAUUGUAUGUUCACCAAAAAUAAAGCUGUGGAUGAUAAAUGAUAAAAUGACAAACCGGUGGUACUUCAUAUUUAGUAUUGUCCCUGUAGUAUUUUUUUUAAAUAAUUUUCUUCAGUAAUAUACAGUUGUGACAUUAAUUGUUGUAAUUUAUGUUAAGUAACAAAUGAAGUAUUGCUAAUUGCAGUAAAGGUGUAUCUCACUUACAAAGUAAAAAUUUUCUCCACAGCAGCUUUGGUCUUGACCAAUGACAGUUUCAGCUUUAAUAAAUCAAUCUUAACACUGUGACGUUUUUAGGUCUUGCAUAUCAGACCUGGCACUUUGUUCUUGUGUCAUUCAGCCUUCAAACGUGUGAUAAAGUGUCUCAUGUUCUGACUGAAGCUUGAUGAUGCCAUAUCAAACUGUCCCUAUAAUAAACUAUUAUUAUAACUCUG